GAGAGAGACAGAGAGAGAGAGCGAAGUCAGAAAGCAACAUACGCCACAGUCUGUUUGAGCAGACUACAGACUGUAUAAUAUAGGCGCAGACAUAGAGUAUAUUGCUGCUUUCAAGGGAUCUAAUACAUAUCUGGCCGACAUGGAAAUAUAAUCACAGUUUUGUUGACAUGAUGGUACAUCUAAAACACAGGACGUGGUUACCUCUGAGAUGAUGGAGGACAAGAACAGAGUUUGUCAUGUGAUGGAGGAGAGUGAGGUGGAUGUGCAGAUCAGACAAACCAAAGCUCAGCCCCAGCAGACCAGCAACAAUAACAGACCCACCUGGUCAAAUGGUCAGUGUGUUGUGGCGAUGCCAAACUGUUCGAUGCUAAACCCGAGCUUUGAUCUGUCUCUGUGUCGUGCCAAACUCGAGAAUGAUGGCUUUCAGAUUCCAGUCAGAGACAUGGAAGCUCCACUGAAGACAGCUUUGGACCUUCCCUCAGUUAGGAGAUACAUGGUUUUUAACUCGGCUCUCUUCCAUUUUAUAAUGGCACCGGUGCUGUAUGUGGUGGUGUGGUGCGCUACGUUCUCCACCCUCCACCUCUUUAUCACUGUCAGUGACUACUGGGUUCUCUGCCUCUCUGUCAGCCUGGUCUCCAUCUUCCUCACCACUGUCAUCAUUUUCAUUCUCCACUACAGUAACAAGGAGAUCAACAUGAACGUAGACGUUCGGUUAAUCCAGGUGAAUGAGAGGAUGGUGAAACACAAGCUGCUGGUGGCCGUGGCCGACUGGGUGCAGUCCUGCACUGGAAACAUGAAGCUGUACUUUGUGUAUUGGGACAUGUCCCACUGUCUGAGGGCACUGACUGAAACUUUAGAGGAGUGCAGCUUUGUGGUGAAUGACACCCAGCGUGGAGGAAGUUUAAAACGAUCAAUUUCACACAUUCAUCAGAAAAAGCUGGAGAGGAAAAUGGCGCAUCUCGUUCUUGUGACCGAGGACGCGGCUGUUGUCCCUGAGGACGAAGGGUCCGAUGUGGAGCAGCAGGACUCAAAUGAACGGAGGCCUCUGCUGAGACAUGAGGACAACGGCUGCUGUACCUCAUCCAGCCAACAGGAGGGCACCAAAGUCACCACCAACUACAGCCUCAUCCCUAACGCAUCGUUACCUGCUCAGGCUACAGCCUACCAGCUUCUGAUGACCUACAGUGCAGCUUAUGUGAAGCUGCUGGUGUCUAAGAGGCUGUCAGGACCGUCACACCACCGCCUACGCCCCCAGAGGAAUCACUGCACCACCGCCCCUCUCUGCCUCUGCCAGUACAUCAAAAAGAAGAUCCUUCAAUAACAGAACCAGUGUCAAGACUUUUGCUUUGAACCCAUGCUCUUGAACAGACAAACUGACAUGUAGGAGCACUUCCAUUGCAGCAAACAUGGAUUAUAUUGUUUAGGUCAAAUGAAGGAACCUUUUCAGAGCUUCACACUUUUGAUUUCUCUGUUUUUAAGUCUCCAGUUUGCAGCCACCUGUACCUCGGCUGCUGUCUUCAUGCCAGUUCCGUAUUUGCACAACCUGGAUCCUCGUCCAUUUGCUCCCAACAAUUUCUGCACCAUGCCAAACGCUGUCUGAUCCAGCUGCUGUAAACCAAUAUUUGCACUCUUGCACACAUGACAAUCACAGCCUUAGCCUUGCUGUUUAAAUUAUUUGCACAAAUAAUAAAUAUAGAUUCUUGUGAUUUGAUUUGCAGUAGAUUCAUUCUGCAGUAGAAUCAUUGGAUUUAGUUUUGUAUUACCUCAAAUGUCAGCAACAGAAGUGGAACCAGAGUGUGUUUAUUUUUGUGUUCUCAACCCUUUGGUUUUAUGUGUGUAGGUGGAUUAUACAGUAUAUCUAUGCAUGUUUGUGUGUAGGAUGCUGGGAUUCUCACCAGCGAUUACCCAUCAGUCCUGGUGCUGUGGCUGAGAUGACAGCCCUGCGAGAGAGCCGCAGGAUGGCACAAACACACAGUGAGACAGCCAGCGUGGCUGACCUGGGGGAAGCUGGGAUUGUGUGAUGGAGGAGAGACGCGUGCAGCGUGAGGCCAAGUUAAACGAUCUUAGAGAUGCUGGCUGUCCUCAGGAGGCUAAAUGGCCAUCUGUGAUCCUUCACACACAGGUUGGCUUAGCUCCCACCUUUAGUUUCUCCCUCAAACCUCUUUUCCAUUGGACGGAUUGUUUGGCGCCAUACUUCACCUUUUCACAGAUAUGAUUUAUAAUUAAAAAAAAGUCAUUGCAGGUUUAAAGGAUUUUAAAUCGUAAUCACGAUGAAACAGCAGCAAAAAUAGGGGAAGACAGAGAAAUAAGAGAUGUGAAGACAUAACAAGACAUGGAACAGACAUUCUAAGCUAUUAUGGUCUGAUUGAAAAUGUAGAAUUGUUCCCAUGGAUGUAUUAGGCAAGUUCUUAUAAUACAUCUGUGUGUUGUAGCAUUCUCACACUAGCAUUUAAUACAAGGUACAACUGAGGCUGCAGUGAUGGCCGUUAGUUUUGCAGGUAUUUGGUCAUAAACCAAAAUACCUUUGACCUGAUGGUGGCACUAGAUCUUUUACUUUGCUCAGUUUCAUCGUCUGUAGUCAUCACUCUUUUCUUUGUUUGUUCAGCCAUAGUAACCUAAGGGGAACAUAAGUUUGUGUAUAACAUUUAAUGGCAAUCCAUCCGAUAGUUGUUUAGACAUUUCACCCAAACUGACAAAUGACAACCUCAUGGUGGCACUAGAGGAAAAAUCAGGCGGUCACCGUAAGUCAUUAGGAUUUAUCCUAUGGGGACCAUGAAUAUCUGUACAAAAUGCAAUGGCAAUCGAUCCAGUAGUUGUUGAGAUACAUCAGUCUGGACCAAAGUGGUGGACUGCCCAAAAGAUAGGCCAGAGCUGCCUGGAAGGGAAGGCAAAAUCUUUUUAUGUGGUACAGAUGAUGCACAAAAACACAAAUGCCACCAUAAUGUACAAAAAGCAGCUGUAAAACACAAUGAUAGUGACAGAAGAUAGUGAGAGAUACUGUAGUUCAUGUUCUGACAGAGGGAGGAAAAAUAGAUGGAGAGGGAGAAAACCAGGGCAACUAUAAAUAGCACCUUAGUGAUGAGGGGAGAGAGGAAAGGCCACAGAGACACUGAGAGGAUGUAGAGACACCAAGAGAGAAAAAACAGAGCUGCAGAAUGAGACCCUGCCUUCACCAACGUGUCGUUCACAACCCAAAAAUGAUUCUUUUAUUCAUUACUCAAACAACCAACCAUGUGCAACACAGUCAUGUACAUACUGUAAUUAUAAUAAUAAACCCCAAGAGAAUCACA